GCUUCGCUUCGCUGCCGGUCUUAAGGCGACCGGGCUCGGUGUCUUCCGGGAGCACCACGCCGCAGAACGCCAGCCACUUCGCCCCCAGGAUUCUGCCGCCGUCUGGUGCGAGCACUCCAGCCCAACCAAGCAGCCUAGCAUGUCCAGCGCAGCCGGACGUGUGUGCCAGCUGCGGAUGGGUCUACAUGCCUGAUGCGGUCUUCUGCCGCCACUGUGGCCAGAAGCGCGACAUGACUCAGGCUGAAGCAAGCCCUGCUUACGUGAGUGCAGCGAGCCCCAUGCCAGAGGUUUAUGCAGGGGAUGGCUUCACGUACGGAUCUGGUGCAGCAAGUCCUUUUCCUCCUGGAGUUACGGUCUACGCAUCGGAGCCCACACCGGCCUACUGCUCCACAUCAGGCACGGUCAGCCCGCUCCCAGCCGCAUACGCAGAUGAAGGUGCAGUAUAUGGUUGGUCCGGCGCUGCCACUGCUCUGCCUCCAAGGGUCCUCGCCACGAAGCUGUCCCCAUCUGCCUACGACACCUCUGGUGUGGCAAGAUUGGCAUCUGGUCAGGCCACGUGGAUGGAGCCGACAACCGUAGCCAAUCAGCACGUGGCGCCUGUUUCUAUGUCUGUUCCGGCUGGUUCAUCGACGGACGCUCCUGCUGCUACUCUCUCCGCGAUCUCAAACGGGAUUUCCUCGAAUGGGUAUGCAUCCACACGCAUUUCGUCCUAUGCACCUGCGAUGCCUUCAGUGCAGGUUGCGGGAGGAGCGUCUUGUGUGCUGCCUGCCGUGAUGCACCCACGGGCAUCCACCCCAACUGUACCGGCCAGGUAUAGCAUUGCGUCGCCAGCGGCCCCAAGAGCCUCGGUGUCAGGGAGCUCAACUCCUGUGGUACCGGUCGGGUCACAGUGGGGGACCGUGUCGCCUUUGCCGCCCCCACCUGCCAUGGUUCUGGGAGCU